UAGUCCACUGAGUCCCCAAGUUGACAGAGAGGCCUCGCUCUCCAGAGGAGACUUUGCUUGACAAUGGCGAAGAUGUUACAUCUUCCUUCUCCGACUGUCUUUACUCCCAACUCCAACUCCAAGUUCCAACCCUCACAUUUCCCUUCCCGCCAAAUCCCAUCAACCAUCAUCACUUCAAUUCAAGCUCAACCUCAUCAUUUAUCAUCAUCGUCUUCAUCUUCCAAAACCUUUCUAUCUCCUCCUUUAAUUACCACCAAACCCAGUUCGAUUCGAUCAGUAACAGCUCGGUCCCUCUCCAAUCUCCCUCUCAUUUCUCCUAAUGACCACUGGGGCACCUGGACCUCUCUCUUCGCCAUCGGUGCUUUCGGUAUCUGGUCGGGGAAGACUAAGAUUGGAAGUACACUGAGUGGUGCUUUAGUGAGCAUUUUGGUAGGACUUGCAGCAAGUAAUUUGGGGGUUAUCGCGAAUGAAGCUCCGGCAUAUUCUGUUGUUUUGGGGUUUCUGCUCCCAAUGGCCGUUCCAUUGUUGUUGUUUAGAGCAGACUUGCGUCGUGUUAUAGAGUCCACUGGGAUACUUCUGUUGGCUUUCUUGCUAGGCUCAGUUGCAACAACAGUUGGAACAGUGGUGGCAUAUGUGCUGGUACCAAUGCAAUCACUUGGUCAAGAUAGUUGGAAAAUAGCAGCUGCACUCAUGGGCAGACAUAUUGGCGGAUCUGUCAACUACGUUGCCAUAUCUGAAGCCCUUGGUGUUUCUCCAUCAGUUUUGGCUGCUGGUCUAGCUGCAGAUAAUGUCAUCUGUGCAGUAUAUUUUACGACAUUGUUUGCGUUAGCUUCUAAAAUACCUCCUGAGACUUCAAUGUCAACUAAUGAUGUUGCAAUGGAUGUUGAUUCUGAGCCUGGCAACAAACUGCCUGUGCUACGAAUGGCUACAGCCCUUGCUGUGUCCUUUGCCAUCUGCAAGACCGGCACUUUCCUCGCAAAAUAUUUUGGAAUUGAAGGGGGCAGCCUUCCAGCCAUAACAGCAAUCGUUGUUAUUCUAGCAACUGCAUUUCCAAAACAGUUUGCUUAUCUUGCACCAUCUGGUGAGGCUAUGGCUUUGGUUCUAAUGCAGGUAUUUUUUGCUGUGAUUGGUGCUAAUGGAAGCCUACGGAAUGUCAUAAUCACAGCACCUAGUAUCUUUAUGUUUUCUCUAGUGCAAAUAGCAGUCCAUCUUGCCGUGAUACUUGGGUUUGGAAAGCUCUUUUGCUUUGACUUAAAGCUUUUACUUUUGGCAUCAAAUGCAAAUAUUGGUGGCCCUACAACGGCAUGUGGAAUGGCCACAGCAAAAGGGUGGAGUUCUAUGGUUGUUCCUGGCAUUCUUGCAGGCAUUUUUGGAAUUGCCAUUGCGACUUUUCUCGGCAUUGUAUUCGGCGUCAAAGUGAUAAAAUACAUGUAAAAUCUUCGUAUUUUGAAUUUCAAAACUGGCAUGAGUUGUAACCAAUGUAAGCUUCAUGUCAUGUAAUAAGAGAACCGGCACAUUAGCAAAAAAAUUCAUUUCUGAGAAUGCUUGAGUGGUAAGUACAAAUUAUUUA